GCACAUCUUCGCGAAUCAACAUUAGCAAGUAAUAAUGAGUAACCAUUCAUCCACAACACCAAAUCAACAUGAUAACGACAGUAGCAAUAACAGCGGUGAUAACUCGAAUCACCCAUCAAUAAGCGCGCAAGAGACGGUAUCAAUUGCCCAAGGGUCUAUAAAAAAUACAGACGAAGACGAUGGAGAUUGGGAGACAGAGUCGUCUUACGACUACGACGAUGACGAUGACGAUGACGAUGACGAUGACGAUGAUGACGAUAGUAUUUUAGAGGACGACGGAGAUGAUGAGUUCACGGAUGACAGUGGAAGUGACAUCGAAGAUGAUGUAAAUGAACUAUUUAUGGAAGGUGUGCAAUUCCUUCCCGAGAUCAUUGAAGAUCUGACAGAUAUUGAGCUUCUAAACCCGGGGUAUCGUGCCAACAGGCGUCCCAACACUGACCAGCAGGAUGAUACCAUGUCAGAGUUCAGUGGGGAUGAAAAGUACGAGCUCAAGGACACUCUCUCGAGCGAGAAUGGUGAGGGUGAUAAGGAUAUGUAUGACUUUAGCAUUCUUGAGCAAAAUAUCCCAAGAGAAGUAGACGACGGCCAUCUGACCUAUAAAAUCCGACAGCUUAUGCUCAAGUUGACCAAGGGCCGCAGAAGCCGUGAACGGAAACUGGGCGUUGGUACAACAAUGCAAACGACAUCAUGGGGUACGUCGUCAUCAUCGGAAGUUUCGGGUGGUCCUUACUUACAUCGGCUCAUAGUUCGAGGGCCUGAACAGCCACAGGAAGUCGAGCAUUCGCCUGCUGUUUCACUUCACCGCCAAUGUGCCAAUUCGAUCGUGGUAACACCAUCUGUAAUGGGCGUCUGGGACGACAUUUUCACUAUCCAUAUAGACUCGAUUAUGCGUGGCGGCGUUCUCAGCAGGAUGGAUGAAAAACUCUACCGUCAGCGAUCCCAAGCUCACAUGUUCGGUGAUCAUUACGAUUAUGAAGAAGGCCGUGAGAUUGUCCACCGAGCCUAUGCGACGCAACUCAAGACGGUCAAGGCAACCAAAUACUUGAAAACUUCGUUGUUCCGCUUCAGCCAGCUCCCUGCUUUUGAGGCUUAUGUGAAUUUCGAUGAAGGAGACGGCCCGCUUUGCUUGGCACACAAGUAUGGAUAUUUGGCGUUGGGCACUGAUGACGGAACGCUUAUAGUGUAUUGUACUCAGGAUAGUGGUGAACCAGUUAUAAUCCACGAUGAUGUACUUUCUGAAACUUAUGAUUCUAUGAUGGUGAACAGUGUUCAGAUUGUACGCUGGCCACGCUAUUAUCGAAGCAAGGCAUCUAUAGGCGAGGACAGAACGGAGGAAGAAUCAGAUGAUUACGAUGAUAACGAUGAAUACGAUGAAAAAGAAGGCUAUCCCACCAAGACUGGACAGUUUGACCAUUACCUAGUCAUGACUGGCAAUAAAAGAGGCCUGUUUAUCGUUGCGCUUCCUGAUCACCCAUGCCUUGGUGCCCAUGAUUCCUUCAGCUAUGAUGACCAUAUCUACAAGUUCAAGGAGGCGCAUACCUGGAUAAAGAGCGGUUUCAAGGGCGAAGCGCUUAAUGAUGCCAGGGUUUCGCCUAAUGGACGUUGGAUUGCUGUCGUAGGAGACUCGGCUAAAGUAUGGACAAUCGAGGUGACUCAUAAGCCAGAAACGGACGAACAACGUACUGCACGAUUGGAACGGGAGCAUCAGGCCAUGUUGGAUGAGAAUGGGACUGACUCUGAUUAUGUGACAGACGAUUCCAUGUCCGGAACAGAGGACACAGUGAGCAAUAUGGAUUGUUAUAAAGACGAUGAAAAAUCUUCGGGUUUGGGACAGCGUGAAGAGAAACGAUCCAAGAAUGCGGAGGAGGAUACACUACCUAGACUACUGCAUCUAUUUGGAGACCCAAUAGAGAUGACUAUUCCUUCUAAUGUUCUAUACACUCCACGAACUAAGAGAGGCUUACAACAGCGGAGAGCGCGAACACUCAUUCAGCGCGAGUAUUCAUCGCAGUACGUGUCAUGGAACGCGGCUUCUACAAAAUUUGCACACUCAUCUGACACAUGCUCUCACGUUAUAGUGUGGUCGAUGCCUUCGCGAGAGAUUGUCUGCUGCGUCGAUACGGGCGGAUUCUCUUUUGCUAUCGAAUUCCACCCUAAACUGGAGAACUUGUUUGCAGUCGCCAAUUGGUAUGGCUUUGUACAUGUUGUGGAUAUUACAGGAAGUUGUAUCGGAGAUGAAGGUCUGGUGCCUGAUAACGUUUACUCUACUGAUCGGACGGAGCAUGGGCCGAUGAUGGGAGGAUGUGGAGGGCCACAUUAUGAGGAGAAGCAUGAUAUUCUAAUGUUGUCCUUCAGAGGCGAGAAGGAUAAAAGUUUACGGAUCCUGGACGCGAUCCGAGGAUUGAGCUGGAGUACAGACGGACGUCAUCUGUAUGUGGCGACAUUACGGCGCGUGUUACGAUACGAUCUGGCGGAUGAGCAUAUAAGGAUCCCGAGUCUUUUCCAACUUUGUGCACGAAAGGUGAGGGAGUGGAAGGAGCGAGAGUUGAACGUGUUCCAUACCUAUGAACAACAUAGCAAGAUUUCUAGGGAAUUGAAGCCUAUUCCAGAGCAAUGGAAAUAUGUGCCAUACAAUGUAAAGCGGUUGAUCUGGGGUGAUACAUUCCUGAUGCACUCGCAUGACUAUUAA